GGGGUGGGAGAUGAAAAGAAAACAUUUUCAGGGACUUUAACGUACAUCUAAGCAAAAACGAGUACCAAAAUGCAAAUAAACAAACUUUUCCCGCUUCCCCCUUCCCGCCGAUAUUUGCCCGAUGAACCGGAGAGCAGAACAAUUCCCCAAUUCUGAAGAUGGAAGAGAAUCAGUUGAUGGAAUCAGGAGUUUCUCAGCUGAACUCAAAUGCCUUCUUCAUCGACCCGGUUCGAAUACUCAACCGUUCUUAUACCCGGUUUAGGGUUUCGCCUUCUACGUAUUACUCUCGCUUCUUCGAUUCCUUGAACUCAGCACAAUCUCCAAAAGCUUCCGAAGAUUUUAGAAAAGGAAAACGUAAGAGGAAGAAGAAGAUUCAAUCUCUAAACGAGCGCGAACAAAUAGCCGAUCGUCGUCACCAGGAGGUGAAGCCAUUCUUGUUGAAAGCGCAUGAAGCUCUGCUCGAAGCUACUGAUCUUUUGAAAGUUUUGAGAAAUUUGAGGAAUGAUGGAUGUGCCGUGGGGGAAUGUAAGGAGUUGUCGAAGGAAACUAGUGAACUUUCCUUUAUGGAGCUUGGAGGUGUUUGGCAAGCUCCAUUGUAUGAGAUUGUUCUCAAUUAUCAGCAAGAUGAUAAGACUUUGCAAAAUGGAGGUUCUCCGCUUGCUCAGAGUAUUGAACAAAGAGAGACCCCUGUAUUUAAUAAUCUUGUUGCCAAUGAGGGAAGCUAUGAUAUAGAGGCUGAGCUUUUUAAUCACAAGUAUAUUAUUCCCAAAAGGAGUUGUUUUUAUAUGUCUGAUAUGCAGCAGAUUGACAGCUUAAUCCCAGCUGGUUCUGAUUGUGGCUUCAAUCUCAUAGUUAUAGACCCCCCUUGGGAAAAUGGUAGUGCUCGUCAGAAAGUUAGGUAUCCAACUUUGCCUAGCCGAUACUUCUUAUCUCUCCCUGUCAAGCAACUUUGUCAUACGGCUGGAGCACUUGUUGCAUUGUGGGUUACCAACAGGGAGAAGUUGCGAGAUUUUGUGGAAAAUGAUUUAUUUCCCAAAUGGGGAGUAACAUAUGCUGCUAGCUUUUAUUGGUUGAAGGUCAAGGCCAAUGGAAUGUUGACUGGUGAAUUGGAUCUCUUUCAUCACCGACCAUAUGAAUGUCUUCUCCUAGGUUACUGUGAUGGAAAGGAUACACAUUCUGGGAAUUUAACAAGAUCGAAUCCUAUACCGGAUAAUCGAGUGUUCAUUAGUGUUCCUGGUGAUUAUUCAAGGAAACCCCCCAUUGGAGAGCUGCUGCUAGAUUAUGUGCCGGGGUCUAUGCCUGCUCGUUGCAUUGAACUAUUCGCUAGAGAAAUGAUCGCUGGCUGGACUUCUUGGGGGAAUGAACCUCUUCAUUUUCAGGAUUCGAGAUAUUUUGUUAGUAAGACAACAGAAAAUUGAUGUAUCCUGAUAGAAGCGCCUCUUACUGGGAAGUUUCAGUCCAAACGAUAGGCAUCCCGACGAUUUCCCGUCAUAUGUGGUUUUCUCCCUCCUGUUUAAAUAUCAGCAAAAGAUUAAGAGAUGUGAUUGUUGUACUUCUAUCAAUUUGCCAAAAGAUUAAAAGAGUAUAGACUUCAAGGAAGUACCUGGUGGCUUGCAAUAUCAGCUGACAUUCUGGAGGAACUUGGGACAAAAAUUAAAUCUCAUUGUGGAUGUGAUUGUUAAUGACUUUGAAACAACUACUGGAAAGGUCAGGACUCUGGUAUUACUUACUGCGAUGUCGAAUCAUUUAUGCUUUAUCUCACUAUUUCAAAGACAGGCAAGAACAUUCACCACUGUAUUUUGGACAAGCAUCUCAAAUUCUUUGAAAUGAUGCUAUAUAUUUUGAUGUAUAUAGUAAUAUAAGAAUGAAGAUUUCUGAGGUGUUUUCCACACACAAGUUUGCUUAGGGAUGCAAAUGGGGCGAGGCGGGGCAUGUCUUGAUGCCACUAUGUUGACCUGCUUUGUCCUGGUCCUGUUUAGCAUUGGUUGGACCCUUGACCAACAGAUCACAAACUUAGAAGGUUCAUUUUUUGGUGACACUGAACCAACAAAUGGAUUUUUCGAUUUAAGUAUCAGAUUUGUGUAAAAGUUAUUGAGUUUUGGGCUAAAUCCGCCCAUAGGCCAGCCCAGACCAAUUGCCAAUUGUCAUUCCUAAGUUUGUAGUUAUGUGUGUGUCUGACUUUAGCAGCUUCUUGUGAGGAUGCAUCAUACUUUGGGACCAAAAAAAAUCUAUUCAUUUGAUGGGAAAAA